CCCACCGUCGCCGCCGAACUCCCUCGCCCCUCACACGGUUUAGGGUCGUCAUGGCUCUAUCCACGCGCGCGGUGACGCUCAAGGCGUCGUGCGCGCCGAACCUUCGCGCGGUCCGCCGCGCGGGCGCGCGUCGCGCCGCCGCGAUCACGACCAGAGCGGUCAUCACGCCGUCCGCGCAGCCGGACGCGCUGUACGACGCCCCCGACCGCGCGAACAAGCAGAUCUCCGCGACCGGCGCGUCGCUCGCGAACUGGAGCCCGUCGUCGUGGAAAGACCGCGAGGCGCUCCAGCAGCCCAACUACGUCGACCAGGCUGAGCUCGAGGUGGCGCUGAGUGAGAUCGCGAACCGCCCGCCGCUGGUCUUCGCGGGCGAGGUGCGCGGGCUCCAGGCGCAGCUCGCGAACGCGGCGGCGGGGAACGCGUUCGUGCUCUUCGGCGGCGACUGCGCGGAGUCGUUUAAAGAGUUCAACACGAAUCACAUCCGCGACACGUACCGGGUGUUGCUUCAGAUGUCCGUGGUGUUGAUGUACGGCGCGGGCGUUCCCGUCGUGAAGCUCGGGAGGAUGGCUGGGCAGUUCGCGAAGCCGCGAUCGGAGGACCUCGAGACGAUCGACGGCGUGUCGUUGCCGUCGUACCGCGGCGACAACAUCAACUCGUCCGAGUUUACGGAGGAGGCGCGGCGUCCGGAUCCGUCGCGGCUCAUCCGAGCGUACGACCAGUCCUGCAGCACGCUGAACCUCCUCCGCGCGUUCUCGUCGGGCGGCUACGCGUCCAUGCAGCGCGUCACCAAGUGGAACCUGGACUUCAUGGAGGGCGAAAAGGAGGGCGCGGAGUACCGCGAGCUCGCCGACCGAGUGGACGCGGCGCUGAACUUCAUGGCGGCGUGCGGCAUCGACGAGGACCACCCGACGAUGAAGUCCACGGACUUUUACACCGCGCACGAGGCGCUGCACCUCGGGUACGAGGAGCAGCUCACGAGGUUGGACAGCACGACGGAGGAGUUCUACGGCUGCUCCGCGCACUUUUUGUGGUGCGGCGAGCGCACGCGGCAGCCCGACGGCGCGCACAUGGAGUACUUCCGCGGCGUGUCCAACCCGAUCGGGAUCAAAAUCUCGGACAAGUCCGACGGGGACUCCGUCGUGUCGCUCGUGAAGUCGCUGAACCCUGAGAACGUCCCCGGGAGGAUAACGCUCAUCUCGCGCAUGGGCGCCGCGAAGCUCCGCGAGCACCUCCCUCGCCUCAUCACCGCCGUCGAGGACGCGGGACUGAACGUCCUCUGGGUCAGCGACCCCAUGCACGGCAACACCAUCAAGACGGAGAACGGGUUCAAGACGCGGCCGUUCGAGCGCGUCCGGGACGAGAUCAUGGCGUUCUUCGAGGUGCACGAGCAGAUGGGGACGCACCCCGGCGGCGUCCACCUCGAGAUGACGGGGAAGAACGUCACGGAGUGCACGGGGGGCACGGCGACCGUCACCGAGGGGGAUCUGGAGCUGCGGUACGAGACCGAGUGCGACCCGCGACUGAACGCGAGCCAGGCGCUGGAGCUGGCGUUUUUGAUGGCGAAGGAGCUCGGGGAGAUGCGGGCGCGGCGCGGCGUGCCGCCGUCGCCGCCGUGACGCGCGAGCGAGCGAGGCGGUAGAAGAAGAGAGCGGCGCGACUAUUUGUGAAUGACUGACGACUCAUCAGAGUGAU